GUUCGAAGUCCUCCGCGUUCACACGCGUACAGAAAACUUUUCGUGGAACUCUGCGGAUUAUUCCAUAAUAUAUAUAAAGACGAGUGGAGCGAGAGUGACCCUUCAGACGGCCCUCGAGAACGUUCUCCGCUCGAGCUCAACGCUCCGCGGGAAUGGGUGUGCGCGGGAGGAAGCCCGCGCCAGUGCGCGCGCUGCUGCCGGCAGUCCUCGGCUCUCUCAUAAUCCUGACGCUUUCAGAAUGCAGCGUUACGUGGGAGGUACAGCGCUUUGACGGCUGGUACAACAACUUGGCGCGUCACCCGAGAGGAGCAGCAGGUUCCCCCCUUAUGCGCCUCCUUCCAGCACGGUACUCUGAUGGUGUGUACCUGCCUGUCCGAGAGCCCUAUCUGCCCAAUCCCCGCAGCAUCAGCAGUGUGGUAUCCCGAGGCCCCUCUGGCCUACCUUCCUCCAGAAAUCAAACUGUCCUUUCUGUCUUCUUCGGUUAUCACGUGGUCUUUGAGAUUCUGGACUCCAGACGCCCUGGCUGCCCUCCUGAGUUUAUGCAGAUCACAGUCCCCAAAGGAGAUGCUGUCUUUGACCCAAAUGGUACUGGGAAAACCUUACUUCCCUUCCAGCGUGGCCAGUGGGAUGAAGACACAGGCCAGAGUCCUAACAACCCCCGCACUCAGGUGAAUCAUGUGACUGCCUGGAUAGAUGGAAGCUCCAUCUAUGGCUCUUCCAGCUCCUGGUGUGAUGCCCUGAGGAGCUUCUCUGGGGGACGUCUGGCAACAGGCUCCAAGAAGGGGCUCCCUAAGAUGAGCUCAGCACCCUACUUCAUGUGGAACUCAGUAGACCCAACCACGGGCCAGCAUGGUCGCUAUGGCCUCUAUGAAUUUGGGAAUGCAAGGGGUAAUGAAAACAUGUUCACUGUAGCGGAGGGGAUCAUAUGGUUCAGGUACCACAACUAUCUGGCAUCCCAACUGCAAAGAAGACACCCCUCCUGGUCUGAUGAAGAGCUGUUCCAGAAUGCCAGGAAGAGGGUGAUUGCCACCCUUCAGAAUAUUGUGUGGUACGAAUGGCUACCAGCUUAUUUAGGAAACAAGACAGUUCCUAGCUACCCAGGUUACCAGAAGUAUGUGGAUCCAGGAAUUUCACCAGAAUUCCAAGCGGCUGCCAUGCGAUUUGGCUACUCAAUGGUGCCACCUGGUGUGUAUAUGAGAAACUGGACCUGUCACUACCGAGAUGUCAUCAACUUUGAUGGGACCACUUCUCCAGCUGUACGUUUGUGCAACAGCUUCUGGAAUCGACAGAACCCAAACUUGCAGACAGAGCGAGAUGUGGAUGACCUCAUGAUGGGCAUGGCCUCCCAGAUUGCAGAGAGAGAGGACAAUAUCAUUGUGGAAGAUCUGAGAGAUUACGUGUACGGUCCCAUGAAAUUCUCCCGCUCUGACUUGGUGGCAUUGACUGUUCAGAGGGGUCGGGAUUAUGGGCUUCCUAGCUACAACCAGGCCAGGGAAGCCCUCAACCUGCACCCCGUGAACUCCUGGGAGGAAAUCAACCCAUUACUCUACAAAACCAGUCCUCAGUUGUUCAGAGAUCUGGCUGAGCUUUACAACAAUGACAUCUCCAAGCUGGAGCUUUUUCCAGGAGGUGUCCUUGAAUCUCUUGAUGGUCCUGGACCUGUUUUCUCCUCUAUCAUCCUGGACCAGUUUACACGUAUCAGAAAUGGAGAUCGCUUCUGGUUUGAGAACAGUCAAAAUGGACUUUUCACAGCUACCGAGGUGCAGGCCAUCCGCAGUACCACAUUCCACGACGUGCUGGUUGCUGUGACCAGUGCUGAACCUGGCGACUUCCAGAAGAAUGUCUUUUUCUGGAGGGAUGGUGACCCAUGUCCACAGCCACGGCAGAUUACAGCUGAACGUCUCCAACCUUGCACGAAUGCCACCUCCUUUGAUUACUUCAGCGGCAGCCAAGUUGGAUUUGGCAUCACAGUCUCAGCCCUCUUCCUUCUCCCUCCAGUGAGCUUUCUCCUUGCGGGUCUGGUGGCCUAUUUUCGCAAGGCAAAGUUCAGAAGGUUUCAGAAGAAACGUCGGGGUGCUGGGAGCACAGAGGAAGCCGCUGGUGGUCUGAAAGCCUGUGAGUGGCAGGGCCCUGGGGAACCACUGCGGCAGGUAGAGUUGGCUGUGGACUCUCAGAAAAGGCUGCAGGUUCUGGACAUCGGUGGUUCCCUCCUUCGCUCCCUCCACCUUGGUGGCUGGCCCAAUUCGGAAGUGUUGCUUUCCAGCGACCACCAGUGCCGUGCCCUACUGCUGAAGGUACCAAAGGAGUAUGACCUGGUGCUGCUCUUUGAGAAUGAGAGUGCUCGUUCCAAGCUGGUAGGACGCCUGCGCUCUGAGGCAGCUGAUAGCGGCCGGGCCGUGGAGAUAAAAGCUGUGUCAGAGCAGCAGCUGCUGAAGGAGGCUGUGACCAAGGAACAGAGGGCGAGAUUGCUAGAAACCUUUUUCAGGCACGCCUUUGCACAGAUUCUGGAGAUUGAUCAGUGCAGUUCCGGUCAAUCUAGUCAAGUCCUCUCCAGGAGGAAGACCAGGGAAGCUCUGGAGUGUGAACUGACAUGGGUAGAAUUUGCUGAUGCCCUGGGACUCAAGCCUGACUCUUUGUUUGUGGAGUCAAUGUUUACUCUGGCUGACAAAGAUGGAAAUGGCUACCUGUCCUUUCAAGAGUUUCUGGAUAUUGUAGUCAUCUUCAUGAAAGGCUCUCCCGAAGAGAAGUCAAAGCUGAUGUUUUCCAUGCACGACAUUAGUGGAAAUGGCUUCUUGUCUAAAGAGGAGUUUUCAAGAUUGUUCAGGUCUUUCAUUGAAAUGUCUAGCAACUGCCUGUCUAAGAGCCAAGCAGAGGAGGCAAUCCAGACCAUGAUGCAGGCAGCUGGGUUCAACAGAAAGGAGCAGAUCACCUGGGAGGAUUUUCAUUUCCUGCUGCAGGACCAUGAGAAUGAGUUGCAAUUUGCCCAACUGAAUGUCAAAGGAAUGGAGAUGCAGAGCAAAAUCAGACUGAACAGAAGCCAACGUGUAUCCUUCAUCACCACUGAAAAGAAACAUUCACAGGCUAUGGGAGAAAAAGUCCUCAACUACAGUGAUGUUGGUGGAAAAGGUCAGGAUCUUCGUAGAAGAGAUGAGAAAAAGACAGGUGUGAACAGCCCUAACAUCUAUGUGAAGCCCCGGAGGGAGAAGUAUAACAGGAACCGAUUCCAGCAGGAGAUCCAAGCAUUUAAACGCUUUGUGGAGAACUAUCGCCGCCAUAUUGUUUGCUUCACCAUCUUUUACGGCAUCACAGCUGGCGUGACUCUUGAUAGAUGCUAUUACUACAGUUUACAGAUGGAGUCCAGUGGUAUCCCAGAGACCUCGGCAGUGGGAUUGGUGGUGUCGCGUGGCUCAGCGGCUGCGAUCUCCUUUUUAUUCCCCUACUUGCUGCUCACCGUCUGCCGCAACCUCAUCACUUUGGGUCGGGAGACCUUCCUCAAUCGCUACAUCCCCUUUGAUGCAGCCAUUGAUUUUCACCGCUGGGUGGCCAUGUCUGCAAUCAUCCUCACAGUGGUCCACUGUCUGGGUCAUUUGUUCAACAUCUACAUCUUCUCAAUCAGCAACCUCAGCAUUCUGGCUUGCCUUUUCCCCAGAGUCUUUGUGAAUGAUGGUUCCGAGCUUCCACAGAAGUGGUCUUGGUGGUUUUUUGAGACUGUCCCAGGCAUAACUGGCAUUUUGCUGCUCAUAAUCCUGGCCAUAAUGUAUGUCUUCGCCACACAUUACUUUCGGCGUAUCAGCUUCCAAGGCUUCUGGAUCACGCAUUACCUCUAUAUGCUUGUUUACAUUUUGACUGUCAUCCAUGGCAGUUAUGGCCUCAUUCAGGAGCCCCAAUUUUAUAUCUACCUGAUUCCCCCGGGAAUCCUCUUUCUCGUGGAUAAACUCAUCAGCCUCAACAGGAAGAAAGUGGAGAUAACUGUGCUGAAAGCUGAGCUUCUCCCAUCAGGUGUGUUAUACCUCGAGUUCAAACGGCCAUAUGGCUUCACGUACCGCUCAGGCCAGUGGGUGCGAGUUGCGUGCCUGGCGCUGGGUACGGAUGAAUACCACCCUUUCACCCUGACCUCUGCACCACAUGAGGAGACACUGAGUCUGCACAUCCGGGCUGUGGGGCCCUGGACCAGCCAGCUGAGGGAGGCCUAUGGACCUGAAAGCCUGGAGCAACCAGGGUUCUACCCAAAGCUGUAUCUGGAUGGGCCUUUUGGGGAAGGGCAUCAGGAGUGGAAGCGCUAUGAGGUGUCUGUCCUAGUUGGUGCUGGCAUUGGGGUCACCCCAUUCACCUCCAUCCUGAAAGACCUGGUGUUUAAGUCCUCUACCAGAUUCAAGAUUCGAUGCAAAAAAGUGUACUUCAUCUGGGUAACUCGGACACAGCGGCAGUUUGAAUGGGUCUCUGAUGUCAUCAGGGAAGUGGAGGAGAUGGAUACUCAAGAACUAGUCUCUGUCCACAUCUAUAUAACACAGCUGGCUGAGAAAUUUGACCUUCGGACCACCAUGCUGUACGUGUGCGAACGUCAUUUCCAGAAGUUGUGGAACCGGAGUCUUUUCACAGGCCUUCGUGCCAUCACCCACUUUGGCCGUCCCCCUUUCUCUUCCUUCCUCAGCUCCCUACAAGAGGUGCAUCCUGAGGUGGGUAAAAUCGGUGUGUUCAGCUGUGGCCCACCAGGCCUCACCAAGAACAUGGAGAAGGCCUGUCAGCAGAUGAAUAAACGUGACCGGGCCCACUUUGUCCACCACUACGAGAAUUUCUGAACCAGGGUCACCUAAGGAACUCUGGGUUGAGGUUUUGCAAUAAUGAGUCACCUCCCCCUUGGAGGCCAAGGUACAAACUGGGAUUAGUGA